AAUCAACCCACCUAAAAAAACACGGAACAAUAAAAAAUUAAAUUGAUAGAUCAUCAAUCAUCAUACUCAGGAUUCCCCCUCAAUUAAGUUUGAGCAUUAUUCAUAAUCAUAGAUCAUAGAUAGAUAAUUAAUCAUCGAAUUAAUAAGAAAAACCUCCAAUUUCAAAUUUCCCACCUCUUCUCCCAAUUUCUCUCACCUAGGGUUCACUUCACCCUACUCCUUAUUUCUCUCAAUACAAAUUCAUCCACACUUCCUAUUUUCUGCUAAGGUAUUCAAUUCAUUUCUGCGAAUCUUCAUCAAUAUUGUCGUCAAUGGCGAUUUUUAGAUUAAAACCUGGAGAUAUCUCCGCAUUCAAGUUACUCUUUUUACUAGCAAUUAUGUAUGGUUUGAUGUCAGUGUUAGUGUACUCUGUUCUUCAUAUGAAAUUUAUUAAACCCCUCGGUAUUGACGCCCCUUUGGAUCGGUUCUCUGAAGCUAGAGCCAUUGAACAUAUUCGGGUUUUAACUAAAGACAUUGUUGGCCGCCAUGAGGGGCGUCCAGGUUUGAAGCAGGCUGCGGAUUAUAUUAAAAGUGAGCUGGAGCUUUUGAAGGAUCGAGCUGAUUCUAGUUAUAGGAUUGAAGUUGAGGAAAGUAUGGUUAAUGGGUCUUUCAACAUGAUGUUUUUAGGUCACAGCAUAUCGUUGACAUAUAGAGCCCAUACCAAUGUUCUCAUGAGAUUAUCUUCAGUAAAUUCAACCAAAACUGAUGCCUCAGUUUUAGUAAAUGGUCAUUUUGAUAGUGCUCUUAAUUCCCCUGGAGCUGGUGACUGUGGUUCUUGUGUUGCAUCGAUGCUGGAACUAGCAAGACUCAUGGUUGAUUCUGGCUGGAAUCCUCCUCGGCCAAUCAUUUUUCUUUUCAAUGGAGCGGAAGAGCUCUUUAUGCUAGGUUCCCAUGGUUUUAUUACCACUCACAGAUGGCGUGACACUGUUGGAGCUUUCAUAAACAUAGAAGCGUCAGGAAGCGGUGGCCCUGAUGUAGUUUGCCAAUCUGGACCUGGAUCUUGGCCUGCUAAAGUGUAUUCCCAAUCAGCUGUAUAUCCUAUGGCUCAGAGUAGUGCUCAGGAUGUUUUUGGUGUGAUUCCUGGUGAUACAGAUUACAGAAUACUUGCGCAAGAUUAUGGGAAUAUACCUGGACUGGAUGUAAUAUUUCUUCUUGGUGGUUACUUCUAUCACACUUCCUAUGAUACCCUUGAAAGACUAUUACCUGGAAGCAUCCAAGCGCGUGGAGACAAUCUGUUUAGUGUAGUUAAGGCCUUUGCUAGUUCCUCUAUGUUAAGGAACACAAGUGAACGUCAAUCUUUUGAAUCUUCUACUGGAAAUGCUAGUGAAGAACGAGCAAUUUUCUUUGACUAUAUGACAUGGUUCAUGGUCUAUUACCCAAAAAACAUCAGUGCAGUUCUCCAUAUUCUUCCAAUAGUUAUCUUUCUUGUUGUUCCAAUCUUCUUACAACCACCAUAUUUUGGCCUAUGUUCUUGUUGUAAAAUCUAUUGUGACUUUCUGAAAGGGAUGUUGCAACAUUUCAUUGCCAGCAUAAUGGCAAUUGUUGUUUCUGUGACAUUUGCAGUUUUAAGACUGCUUUGCUCCGGUCAUGCAAUGAACUGGUUUGCUAAUCCUUAUUUGGCUUUCAUGAUGUUCGUCCCAUGCUCUGUUGUUGGUCUGCUUAUCCCGAGAUAUGUGUGGAGAUGCUUUCGUCUUUUUCAAGACGUGUCAGUUCAGAAAGUAUUGACAGAGGCACAAUUUGAUGAAGCAGGAUUUUUUGGAGCAUUUGGAUUUUAUGCUCUAUUAACCAUGGUUUAUUUUCUUGCUGGUCUUGGUGGUGGUUACUUAACCUUUUUUGUAUCAGUGUCUAUGUUGUUAGCUUGGCUAUCUACUCAAUUGCUGUCUUAUUGCAAUCAUUCAUUAAGGUCUGUACUGGUCUAUACUUUUCCCCUGCUGCCAUGCUUGACAUAUUCAGUCCAUUUCAGCGGGUUUAUUAUGCAAUUCUUGAUCGAGAAGAUGGGUAUGAUAGGUUCUAUUCCACCGCCCUAUGGAUACUAUCUGCAGGAUAUUGUAGUGGCAGCAAUGGUUGGUCUUGUAACAGGUUGGUGUUUGGGUCCUUUGCUGCCUGUUAUUGGUGACUGGUUGGCUAGAUCUUCUAUAAUGCAAGCUUUGGUGCAGCUAAGUGUGCUUGCCCUAGCGCUUUCAUCUGGCUUUUUUCCUUACAGCGUGGAUGCGCCUAAAAGGGUUGUCAUGCAGCAUACAAUUGUAACGACAGAUUCGAUGCAGAUUUUGGGCUCGAGCUAUGAUUUUACUGUUGUAGAUUCAAAUUCUUUAUCUUUUCUUUUCAAGCAUGCUUGGAAUGCGUCGGAAGAUUUGAAAAUUGGUCCAGGAUCUUUUGAGCCAACAAGAGAUAAGUGGCUUGCAAUUUUCCCAGUGUCCUUUUUACUUUCAAAAAGCCUGAAGUUUCCUGUUAAACAUGAGGAAAUCUUGAAACAGUAUAAUUCUUUUCCUCGUUUGUCAAGAGUUGACCAUGAAGAGUUUUCUGAUGCGCGUGUUCGCAAGGUCCACCUGGAACUUACUUUAGGAUCUCUGAAAGAAGUUUGGGUUACUGUCCUCAAUGUUACUGGUCCAUUAUCUCGUUGGUCAUUUGCUGACCAGACUCUCCCAGCUCCUGAAACAAUUGAUGGUGGUCCUCUUUCAUACAUAUGUCGACUUAGCGGUGCCAGCAAUGAAAAGUGGGCUUUCUGGUUGGAGGCGAACAGUUCUGAACCUCUUAGAGUAGAAGUUGCUGUGCUAGACCAAUAUAUGGUGCAGGAAGCCAAGGAACUGAAGCUUCGUUUCCCGGACUGGGUUGAUGUAGUUGCUUAUACAAGUUUUAUGUCAAGUUAUUCAUUUUAGUUCAUAGGUACUUAGUUACUUAGCUCUCCUCAAAUUGAAAGGAAGCUCAUAUUCUUUACGUUCACUUAUUUGUUGCAGACUCAAAGGAACAAAAAAAUUAUAUGAAUAACCAAUGCAAUAUUUAUAUGAUAUCUUGUUUAUCUUGUGAUGUAAAUAUUGUUUUUCUCUUUUUUGAAAGAAUAAGCGACAAAUUUAAUGCCACAAAAUAUGAAAAUACUAUACUUUUUGUAAACUUUUUUUUUUCCUUGUGAAAAGAGUGAACUUAAAAUAUGAAAAUACAACGAAAGUCAUUUGAAUCUAGAGUUUUAACAUCAAAUAUCAAAACUUUUUAAACCCAAGCUUUUGGUCAAGGAACUUAUUUGAAUUGAAAUCAGUGGUAACCUUAAGUUAUUAAUGUUCAAUUGAAUUUUUUACUAAUAACAAUUGAGAAUUA